GUGAGACCCAGGACUGCUUAGCUUGGCUGUCAAGCUGGCCCGGCGCUUCGCCGUGUGCCGAGCUCGGGGCUCUGCGGGCCAGGUCUAGCGCUGCCUGCUCAGCCCGGGCGCCGCAGUGCUUGCGGCGGGGGGGCGGGCCCGGCUGCCCCGAAACCCCGGAGGCCGAGCAUCUCCAGGUGGCUGACCCCGACCGGGGCUCCCGAGGGCGAUGGGGCCCACCGCCGCGUGACCUGACCAGUCGUGGUCACGCUGAGCUUAAUCACUACUAGCUUGUGCUCCCGCCGGCGGCGCUCAGCUUCUCUGAGCUGUGCGACCCAGAGGCUUUCUCUUAAGGUGACUUGUUCUGAAAUGCCAAAGGUACCUGACUAUUCAGAACUGAGUGACUCUUGCACGCUUGCUGGGGGAACAGGAAGAUUUCCGGGACCACUGCACAGAGCAUGGAGAAUGAUGAACUUCCGUCAGCGGAUGGGAUGGAUUGGAGUGGGACUGUAUUUGCUGGCAAGUGCAGCAGCGUUUUACUAUGUUUUUGAAAUCAAUGAGACUUACAACAGGUUGGCUUUGGAACACAUUCAGCAGCACCCUGAGGAGCCUCGGGAAGGAACCACAUGGACACACUCCUUGAAAGCUCGGUUACUCUCCCUGCCCUUUUGGUUGUGGACAGUUAUUUUUCUGAUACCAUACUUACAGAUGUUUUUGUUUCUUUAUUCUUGUACAAGAGCUGAUCCCAAAACAGUGGGCUACUGUAUCAUACCCAUAUGCUUGGCAGUUCUCUGCAAUCGCCACCAGGCAUUCGUCAAGGCUUCUAAUCAGAUCAGCAGGCUACAACUGAUUGACACCUAAAGCAGACGCCGACUUCUCCUCCUGAUUACAAGACUGCUGGUACUAUCUGGAGGCUGAUCACAAGACUGCAGUUUCCUCACAAAUCUCAGGAAGUUGUGGUGGAACAGAGACUUAAAAAAAUGUGACCAGAGGACUACUUUAUCUGAAUAAUAAUGACUUUUUAAGUCCGAGAAACUACUAAAGAAUCAUGUUGCUGACUUCAGAUUUUGGAAGUGAAAUAAUGGCUUGUUAUUUACAGUCUUUAGAAACUUGAAAAAGUACCCGAAUUUUUAUUCUAGUCUAUGUGCAACAUAGUAUGAUUCAGAAAUUUUUCCGUUGGGGAAAACAAUGAAUAUUUCCAUUGUGUUAAGUGUAAAAGAGUCUGGCCAUGAUCAUUAAAUUUUAUACAUUUA